AUGUCAACCAUCAGCCCCGAAUACGAUUAUUUAUUUAAGUUGCUACUCAUCGGAGACUCCGGAGUGGGGAAAUCCUGCCUCCUCCUCCGUUUUGCGGACGACACCUACACGGACAGUUACAUUAGCACCAUCGGAGUGGAUUUCAAAAUCCGGACCAUCGAGCUGGAAGGAAGGACCAUCAAGUUGCAGAUUUGGGACACGGCUGGCCAGGAGCGCUUCCGAACCAUCACCUCCAGCUACUACCGAGGCGCGCAUGGCAUUAUCAUUGUCUACGAUGUGACGGACCAGGAUUCAUUCAACAACAUGCAUCUGUGGCUGGAGGAAAUUACUCGCUACGCCAGCGAGAACGUCAACAAGCUGAUUGUCGGAAACAAGAGUGACCUUUCCAGCAAGAAAGCAGUGGAUUACACAACUGCCAAGGAGUACGCCGACUCGCUGGCUGUGCCCUUCCUGGAGACCAGCGCCAAGAACGCCACCAACGUCGAGCAGGCUUUCUUGACCAUGGCGGCCGAGAUCAAGAACCGGGUCAGCAGCGGCCCGACGCAGAACGACAGCCACAAGUCGGCCGUCCACAUCCAGAGCGGUCCGUUACGGCAAGAAGGCGCAGGGGCCGGCGAAGAGGGGGGCAGGGGAUGCUGCUAA